GUUCUGCGCGUUGGGCUGCUCACUGUUGGAUUCGAAGAGGCACGGAUUGACAGCGUCAAUGCCAAGAAGAACAUGGAGCGCUUUCGAACCCACUUUGCGGUCAAACCGGUUGUGUUAUCUAUAGUUUGGAAGAUGCUGCUCACCACUGAUCAUGAAAACGCAUGGAUAUCCCCAGACGUCGCGGAUUUCAAAAACUUUCUGAUGGCAGUGAAUUUUUUGGCGUGCUACCCCACUGAGAAUGAAGGUGAAGCUCGGUUUGGUGUGUCGGACUUAUCGCAAAUGGAAUUGGUUCUACGUAAAGAAGAUUGCUGCUCUCAAGAUCAAGAUCAUCAAAUGGCCGUCUCGGUGGAACAACCCCAACAAUACACAUCAUCCCAAUGCCGAAACAACCUUCAUUAUCUCUGUUGACGGUGUGCAUUGCAUGAUUGAGGAGCCCACUCAUCAAGAGUUUUCCGAAAACAAGCAGUAUUACUCUCACAAAUUCAAAAAAGCAGCCUUUGAUUAUGAGGUUGCGCUUUCCAUUUUUACCAACAAAUGUGUUUGGAUUGAGGGACCAUUCCCUGCGGCGAAGCAUGAUAUCAGCGUCUUUCGCUCCAAGCUCAAGAAGCAGAUGGAAGAGAAAGCUCCCGGUAAGCUAGCCAUUGGGGAUAGAGGGUACCGCGGGGAACCUGAAUUGAUUUCUACACCCAGCUCACAUGACAACCAGGAUGUUCGUGAUUUCAAGGGACGAGCCAUGUCUCGCCAAGAGACUUUCAAUUCGAGGAUUAAGAACUUUGCCGUGCUCGACAUCCGUUUUCGACACGGCCAUGACCGAGCUACGGUGGGUGACGUGGCCGCCAAGCAUCAAGCAUGUUUUUUUGCUUGUUCAGUGCUCGUGCAGGUGGAUAUGGAUAACGAUGGCCCGUUGUUCUUUGUCUAG